CGAGAGGAGGCGGCGGCGAGAGGAGGCGGAGGAGCAGCAGGCGCCGCCAUGGCCGCGGCGCUCACCGACAUGGCCGACCUGGAGGAGCUCUCCCGCCUCAGCCCGCUGCCCCCCGGCAGCCCCGGGCCCGCGGCGCGGGGCCGCGCCGAGCCGCCCGAGGAGGAGGAGGAGGACGACGACGACGAGGCGGAGGCGGAGGCGGUGGCCGCGCUGCUGCUGAACGGCGGAGCGGGCGGCGGAGCGGGCGGCGGCGGAGGCGGCGGCGGCGCGGGGGGCGGCGAGGCGGAGACCAUGUCGGAGCCGAGCCCCGAGAGCGCCAGCCAGGCGGGCGGGGACGAGGACGACGAGGAGGAGGACGACGAGGACGGGGGCAGCAGCAGCGGCGGCGCGGAGGAGGAGAGCAGCGCCGAGAGCCUGGUGGGCAGCAGCAGCGGCGGCUGCAGCGGCGACGAGACGCGCUCGCUGAGCCCGGGCGCGGCGAGCAGCAGCAGCGGCGAUGGGGACGGGAAGGAGGGCCUGGAGGAGCCCAAGGGACCGCGGGGCGGCCCGGGCGGCCCGGGCAGUGGCGGCGGGAGUAGCAGCAGUAGCGUGGUGUCGAGCGGCGGCGACGAGGGCUAUGGCACCGGGGGAGGCGGGAGCAGCGCGACCUCCGGGGGCCGGCGGGGCAGCCUGGAGAUGUCGUCCGACGGGGAACCGCUGAGCCGCAUGGACUCGGAGGACAGCAUAAGCAGUACUCUAAUGGACGUAGACAGCACAAUUUCCAGUGGGCGUUCAACUCCAGCAAUGAUGAAUGGACAAGGGAGCACUACUUCUUCAAGCAAACACAUUGCCUAUAAUUGUUGUUGGGACCAGUGCCAGGCGUGCUUCAACUCUAGCCCAGACCUGGCAGACCACAUCCGUUCCAUACACGUAGAUGGUCAGCGCGGAGGGGUGUUUGUUUGCUUGUGGAAAGGUUGUAAGGUGUAUAACACCCCGUCAACCAGUCAGAGUUGGUUGCAGCGGCACAUGCUGACACACAGUGGAGACAAACCUUUCAAGUGUGUAGUUGGUGGCUGCAAUGCCAGCUUUGCUUCUCAGGGAGGGCUAGCUCGCCAUGUGCCCACACACUUCAGUCAGCAGAACUCUUCAAAAGUUUCUAGCCAGCCAAAGGCCAAAGAAGAAUCUCCUUCUAAAGCUGGAAUGAACAAGAGGAGGAAACUAAAGAACAAAAGACGGCGCUCAUUACGUGGAGUUAUAGCAAAUAAAAAUAGAAUGUUCAUGAAAUCACAUGCACGACCACAUGAUUUCUUCGAUGCACAAACACUGGAUGCCAUAAGACACCGAGCCAUAUGCUUUAACCUCUCGGCUCAUAUAGAAAGUUUAGGGAAGGGACACAGUGUUGUUUUUCAUAGUACUGUAAUAGCUAAGAGAAAAGAAGAAUCUGGAAAGAUAAAGCUUUUGCUUCAUUGGAUGCCUGAAGACAUUCUGCCAGAUGUGUGGGUGAAUGAAAGUGAACGACAUCAGUUAAAAACUAAAGUAGUUCAUUUAUCAAAGCUACCCAAAGAUACUGCCUUGCUGUUGGACCCAAACAUUUACAGGUAAUUUAUUUCAUGACAGUAUAUUUUACAUUUUGAUUGCUAUCUUAAAAUUUUCUAAAUUUUGGGUAAGUUGGGAUUUAUUUUUCAGUACAUAUUGACUACUCUUUAUCCAAAAUGCUGGGUUUUUGUUUUGUUUUUGCCUAGACAUGACUAAUUCAACAUUCUUGAUCAGAAUGCUCAAAAUCAUGUUGAUUCUACCUUCAGAAUUACCUAGAUUGCUGGACUUGAGACAAUCAACUUGUGCUGGAUUUCUCUGUCCAGUAGACUUUCUAGAAAUUGUUUUUGUUUUGUUUGUUUGUUUUUUGUUUUGAGGGGCUUAUGGGAACAGGAUCUUCUGUAGCUCAAGUUACCCAGACUUGCUGUGUGGUCAGUGCUGCCUGACCAUGCGGGUUUGGGGCAUUAGAGCACAUUGGCACUCGAUGCUUUUUAAAAGUCUUAGGAUACAGAAACAAUAUUUGAUAAAGUUUAUAUGCAAGUUUAGUUCUAGAUUUAUUUUGGAUUGCUUAAAUUAUGAAACACCAAUAUUUUUAAAUUAUUUUAAAAUGUGAUUCUGAGGCUGGAGAAAUGGCUUGGG